AUAAAUUCACGUGGAUGACAGCCAUUUUGCGGCGGGAUUUUAAAUCGUGAUUCAAAUUAUUACUUAUUAAUUUGAUAUCAGAUUAGAUAUGGGUGAUAUUUUAUUCGCCGACCGGUUAUGACCAUGAAGAUAUACAGAUAGAGUGCGUGAGUGGGCUGAAAAAGUGAUAUAGGAAUAGAAAGAGAAGGCUGCUACAGACUCCUUGUGUCUUUGUUUAAUCGUGCACAUUCGUACAAUAAAUAUGCAAGUAUAACACCGAUCAACGAGUGGUUUCAGCGUGCAUGCCUGAUUAGAGAAGGGCAAAAGAGGUCUCUAUGCAGCGUUCUCUUUCUAUUCCCAUAUUUUUACAGACUUCUGUGCAUAUCCCAUCCAUUUACAUGAAAACAUAUCCACCCGUACUCUAUCUUUAUAUCUCUAAUUUCCUGCGAACUUUAGUUCAAUGCUCAUCUGUGCGAACCAGUCAUAAGAUGGAUAAAAGCCAAUAUGGCGUUGAAGUCAGAAAUUACAAAAUUGCAAGGAAAGUCGAUCAUUUUGCGUCCUCUAAGGUAAAGAUUGCGUUUAUCACGUUUGAAAACGACGUAAUCAAAGGUAGGAGAGGAAAAAGUGGGAAAACACAACGGAAGUUGGUGUGCAAGGAAGAUAAUUUUAACCAAACGUAAUUCAUUACUUCUUUACAAUAAAAGUUAAAAAUUGUUUUUUUCAAACCUAGAGUGAUUAUACAAAUUACUAUAUAUUUGUACUAUUUAGAUGUUAUUUGAUAUUUGAAAUGUUUAAUCGGAAGACACAAUUUCUGUAUAAUUUAUGUAAAUUCUAUAAAUUUGUGUAAAUUAUUAACAAUUUACAAACAAUUUAACAAUUUCAAAACAUCGAAAAAUGUUAUAUUUAUAUGAUUGUUAAAAUAAGAAUGCAUUACAGAAAUA